GCGAAAUGGUAAUCAGAUUUAACCUCAUACUUGCCUGACUUAAUAUGAUGCCAUAUAAUUCUACUCGGAGCGUCAGUAAUAGGAGAAUAGAUAAAAUAGUUAAACUGCAUAAAUCAAGACAAAACUGAGAGAAAAAACAACCCCAAUAUACGUCACCAACUAAUUGGAAAGUGAUUACCAUUCAUUAGUAAUAAAAACCACACAACCACCACCAAAAAAAUAUCUUUAUUCAAAUUAUUGUCCAUAAACAACUAGCAAAAGAAGACUUGGCAAGAACACUGAGAAGACUUUAGUGUAUAGAAAAAAGAAUUUGUGAAAAAGCAUCGCAACGAUGGCUGAUCCUGUAAUUGGUGCUACUGUUCAAGUUGUGCUUGAUAAGCUGCUUUCUCUUACUAUUGAGGAAGUCAAAAGUUUAAGGGACUGCAAGAAAGAUGUCAAAAUGCUGACACAAAAUGUAUCCAUGAUCCAAGCUUUCAUUCAUGAUGCUGAAAGACAACAAGUUAACGAUCAGGCUGUGGAACAAUGGCUGAAGAAGCUUGAGAGAAUUGCUGAAGAUGCUGAAAAUGUGUUUGACCAAUUCAGAUAUGAAUCUCUCAGAAAAGAAGUGAUGAAGAUCCGAAACAAACCCAUGAAAAAGGUCAGUAACUUCUUUUCUCAUACUGCUUUUAAGAGCAAAAUGUCUCGAAAAAUCAAAUACAUCAAUGAAGACCUGAAGGCUAUCAAUCAGUUAGCCAGAGACCUUGGUCUCCAGUCACUGACAGUUCCUUCUCGACAAAUACUACCAAUUCGAGAAACAGAUUCUGUAGUAGUUUCUUCGGAUGUUGUUGGUAGAGACAAGGAUGUUGCUGAAAUAAAGGAGAAGAUUUUGAAUAUGAGCGAAGAUGUUGUUCUGUGCACCAUUCCCAUAGUAGGUAUGGGGGGUUUAGGGAAAACAACUGUGGUUAAGAGAAUUUUCAAUGAUGAACACAUCGAGAAACACUUUGAAAAGAGAGUUUGGUUGUGUCUACCUGAAAUGUCAGAAACGAAGAGCUUUCUCGAACAGAUCCUUGAAUCAUUGACAGGGAGGAAACUUGAGGUCCAAAGUAGGGAUAUAAUAGUCAAGAAGCUCCGAGAAGAAUUAGGAGGAAAAAGGUAUUUACUUGUCCUGGAUGAUUUGUGGCGUGUUGACCUUACGUUGUGGCAUGAUUUCGUGGACACAUUGAAAGGAAUAAACACAUCCAGAGGAAACUGCAUUCUCGUGACAACUCGUAUGAGGGGGGUGGCAUCCACAGUAGAAGUAGAUCUUCAUAUGUUGGGAAGAUUAGCAGAAGAUCAUUGUUGGUCCAUUUUCAAACAAAAAGCAUUUGCUGAUAGGGAGGUUCCAGAAGAAAUGGUAAGCAUGGAAAACAGGAUUGUUGAAAUGUGUCAAGGUCUACCUUUGGCAGCAAGUGUGUUGGGAGGCCUCUUACGCAACAAGGAAAGACAUGAAUGGCAGGCAAUUCUUGAUGGCAACCCCCUUGUUGUAGGUGAAGAUGAUAAUGGGGAAAAUAGCAUAAAGAAAAUACUAAAACUCAGCUAUGUUUAUCUACCAUCUCCACAUCUGAAAAAGUGUUUUGCUUACUUUGCAAUGUUCCCAAAAAAUUUUCAGUUUGAAAAGGACCAACUAAUCCAACUUUGGAUGGCAGAGGGAUUUCUUCGUCCAUGUCAAGAGACCACUGUGAUGGAAGAUGUUGGGAACAAGUUUUUUCAACUUCUGCUGCAAAAUUCCUUGCUGCAAGAUGUUAAGCUAGACGAGCAUAAGAAUAUAACACACUGUAAGGCGCAUGAUCUUCUGCAUGACUUGGCUGGAGAUAUUUUAAAAUCUAAGCUAUUUGAUCUGAAGGACAAAUGUGGAGAAAGUCUUUCUCAAGUUCGAUACUUUGGAUGGGAUUCACCAAGGGAUCAAAUAGAUAAGAUAAAUGAGCCGGGACGUUUGUGCACAUUGCUCUGGGGAAGCAAUUAUUUAUCUGAAGAUAUGCUAUUGAGCUUUCAAUUCUUGAGAGUUUUAGAUUUAUCCAGGUCAAGCAUCAAGGAGGUUUCAGCCUCAAUCGGCAAGCUAAUAUACUUGAGAUAUCUUGAUCUCUCCAACACUAAGAUCAAAGCCUUGCCCAACUCCAUUUGCAAGCUCUACAAUUUGCAAACAUUUAGAGUCAAUAACUGCUCUUUACUCGAGGAGAUUCCGGAUGAGAUGGGAAAUAUGAUAAGUUUGAGACACAUAUAUUAUACAUCUAAUUAUUUUACGAGUUGGGGAGAAUGGUGUAUUAAUAAUAAGCUCUUUCAGAUGCCACUUAAGAUGGGACAAUUGACUUGUCUUCAAACCCUACAGUUUUUCAAGGUCGGUUUAGAGGAAGGUCGUCAAAUAAAAGAAUUAGGUCCUUUGAUGAACCUUAAAGGCGAAUUGACAAUCAAUAGUCUACAAUUGGUUCGUAGUAGAGAAGAAGCUAGAAGAGCAUGUCUACACGAGAAACCAAAUAUCUUCAAGCUGGCAUAUUUAUGGUCCCAUAAUGAAUCAGAAGACUGUGUGAUCAAUGAUGAGUAUGUUUUGGAUGGUCUUCAACCACAUCCUAACUUGGAAACCUUAGCAGUGGUGGGCUAUUUGGGAACUAGAUUUCCUUCAUGGUUCAGUGAAGAAUUGCUACCAAAUUUGGUCAAGUUGAAAUUAAGUGGUUGCAAAAAGUGCAAGGAAGUUCCUUCACUUGGUCAACUGAAAUUCCUACGCCAUCUUGAGCUGAUAGGAUUCCAUGAGGUGGAAUGUGUCGGACAUAAAUUUUAUGGUGUUGAGGUUAACAAUAUUGGAUCAAGCAGCAAUAACGCCAACAUCCAAGUCUUCCCAUUACUCAAAGAACUAUUAUUGAAGGAUAUGCCUAGUCUUACUGAGUGGAAGGGAGUGGAAUUGUUACCAACAAGAACUGGUGGUAGAGACGGAGUUAGAGUAAGAAUGUUUCCUGGGCUUGAGAAGUUGAGCAUUAGUAAAUGUCCACUAUUAAAAAGUACUCCGAAUCAACUUGAAGUCCUACGUGAAUUGAGCAUUGUAGGAGUUGACAGUGAAAUGCCAUUGUUGAACUUGUGCAGCAACUUGACAUCUCUCAUAGAGCUUAUUGUCAAGGAUGUGAAAGAGCUCACUUGUCUUCCAGAUGAGAUGCUACGCAACAAUUUUUCUCUUGAACAUCUAUCAGUCUAUAAUUGCCGAGAGUUUCGUGAAUUGCCACAAAGCUUGUACAAUCUCCAUUCUCUUAAGAGCUUAAGGAUUAAUAGCUGCACCAACUUUAGUUCCAUUCCUGUUCCCAGUGGAGAGAAUCAUUUGACUUCCCUCCUAAAUCUUGAGUUGUCCAAUUGUGAUGGAUUGACUAGUUUACCAAGUGGAAUGCUAGAGCAUUGUCGGUCUCUGGAAUAUUUCAGGGUCUACAGAUGUAACAACUUAGUUUCCUUCCCUUUACAUUUUGGGGAAAUGCCUUCACUUUCAUGUAUAGAUAUCACAGAAUGCCCCAAAUUGAAUAGUGUACCCACAGGGGGCCUUCACCGUCUCACUGGGUUAAGGGAUUUAUUUAUUGGUCCUUUCUCAGAGUUGAUGGAUUUUGAGGCAUUCCAAUUGGUAUUUAAUGGCAUUGAGCAGCUAUCGUCCCUUAGUAGAUUAUGGGUGUUUGGACGUGCGAACUUGGAUUCUUCUCUGCCCCAUCAGCUUAUGCAACUAUCUUCCCUAACAGGGAUCACAAUAAUUGAAUUCGGAAUCGAGGCUCUUCCUCAUAGUUUUGGCAAUCUUACUUCUCUUGAAGCAUUAGACCUAGUAAGGUGCAAACGGCUACGACAUCUGGACUUCUUAGAUGCCAUGCCCAAAUUACGGAGUAUGCUGAUCAAAGAUUGUCCAUUGUUAGAAGCUCUGUCGGAUAGGAUCGUCAACCUUGUUUCUUUGGAAGUGUUAUUUUUAUCAGACUGCGAAAAACUACAGCAUCUGCCAUCCAAAGAUGCCAUGGUACGCCUCAACAAAUUAAGGGAUCUGUAUAUUUAUGGCUGCCCAGAGUUAGAAGAAAGUUGCACCAAUCGGAGUGGCCCAAACUCCCAGUGGUCCAACAUUUCCCAUAUUCCACAAAUUAUGGUCGGUGGGAGGACAAUUCAGGACUUAAAUCCAGGGUCAUGCUAGAACGUUGUUGUGGUAUAUCAAGUCAAAAUCCACGGGCUGCACUUUAGGGUUGGUUAUGUUCCAUAGAAGAACCACCAAAUUUGUUUUGUUAAAGAACAGACUAUUUCAUGAGCAUUUGGGAUGCAUUUCUAGCAGUCUUCCUUGGGAUAGGAAAGUGAAGUAUUUGAUCGGCAUGACAUUGGCUUGUCACGAUUGGAAAAAUGUAGAGAGGGGAAAACUGACCCUUUGGCAUGUGAAUGGAACAUAUUCUGUGGUACAAAGGUGCCCAUAUUAUCGAUUGAUUGGAGAAACGGUAGAGGUAGCUAAGCCAUUUCAUAGUCUCACGCUCUCAACAGACCCUUAGUGGCAGAGUUACCCGGUACCUAUGAAUAAUCGAGGAGACGGAUUGGAACAUUUUGCAUAGUGGUGCUUUUGGAGACUGUGAUUGCUCACAGUUGGAAAAUUCAAGGAUAAUUUCUUUGUUCAUUAAAACUUUCGUGAUUGAAGGACUUCAACAAAGAAACUUACAAAAGGUUGUUGUGUCUUGAUUCUUAUAGAAAAGAGUGCCUCAUUAGCUCUCAAAAUGUCCUUAUGAAUACAUCUUCAUCUUUAUAGGUCUCGAUUUCUCAAAUUGGUCCAAAUGACCAAAUUUUGAUAUCUAACCAUCUAAUACCAAUUCCAACAAUUAACCUUCAAAAAUUAGUAGACACUUUGUCUUUUUCGUCAAUCAAGUUCAACAAAACCCACCAAUUGUAUUCUUCAAUCAAAUUAAAGGAUCAACACUUUUCUACAACAUAUACAAAGAAGAUGGAGAAGCACGGAGACAAAAAUUGAUUUCAUGUCCUUAAAAAAGGAUACCCUGUAAAAAUUCUUGGAACGAAACAGUUUGGAAAUCCCUGAAUCUUUGGGCUUUAUAGUUUUCUUUGAUGAAUGUGAUGGGCCAUCUAUUGUUAUAUUUCUGGUUAGGCCCACUUAAAUAAACUGAAAUGGGCAAUUUGCACGAUUGACCUUCAUAUGGACUGGUCUUUAAUUUUUAUCCCUCAAUUCGCUGGUCUUUAAUUUUUGGCCUUCGCUUAAAAAAGUGACCGAAAAUACCUCGAGAUUUUAGGUUCGAAACCCAAAAGAGUCGAAAAUAAUUAAUAAUUUCGCAAGCCAUAGGUUUGUAUGAACCCAUGCCCAUUCAGGCGAAUUAUUUCGCAAGGCAUAGGUUUGUAUGAACCUAUGCCCAUUCAGGCGAAGUUACAUAGAACCUAUGCCAGAGACGGCAGAAUUUGCCUUGUAAGACAUAACUAAAAGUCUGCCGAAGACGACAAUAUGCCUUAAUUAUUAUUAUUUUCGACUCUGCGGGGGUUCGAACUCAAAACUUUUAAGUAUUUUGGGCUACUUUUUUAAGCGAAGAGUAAAAAUUAAAGACCAGCAAUUUGAGGGACAAAAUUAAAGAGUAAAGGCCACCCCAAAAGAGGACUAUCCGCGCAAAAAAAUGAACUGAAAUGAUGGACUCGCUUUCAAGCUGGUAUUCAUGGUUAUAUAUGCAAGUAUUUCCCUCCUCUUUCUUUUAUUUGUAUGUGAUAGCUUGACUUUCGACUUUGGAGUCCAUUUGCUCCCUGGGGAAGCCUUCAAGUACCUCAUGAAUUUUCACAAUUUGAGGCUCAUCAUUUGGCUUGCUUUCAAGAAUACCUGCACUAUUAUCAAUACAACUAGAGAAGAAAGAAAAGUUACAAAAAUUAGAAUGGGGUUGUGACAACUCCCUUAUAUCACUCCUUACAAGUCACAACCUCUCAUUUUUCCACUCUAGAGUUGUCACUUUUCGCUUCCUGACUCUUCUCAAUCUUUUCUCUCUCAAUUUCAUGGGAGUUGGGACAAGUGCCAAGUACCCCUUUAGAAGGGUUAGGGAAACCCUCCACUUCAAUCUUCUCUUUCGCUUCAUAAGGGUUGGGUUUUUUCCCCUCAUUUUGUUGUUUCUUGAGUAAUUGUUCCUUCAAUAGGAGUACUUGCUCCAUCAGCACUUUGAGACAUUCACUUGCGCUUGUGUCUCAUUUAGGAUCAUUUCUCAUUUGAGACCUUGCAUUUCUCCUACUUUCAUACCUAUCAAUAGUUCCCGCCCCCUUCCUUUCACAUCAUAACCAUAUUAAGAACAUGGAACAUUCGUAUUCGGAUAAGAAACAUGAUUCAUAGUAUUUUUUGAAGUAGGGAAUGCAUACCCUCUACUUUUUCUAGGACGACUCCUACUUUGCCCAGCCCACACACUUAUACCAUUUUGCUUUGAGUAGGAAGUAUCACAAGUCAAUGUGCGUGAAUACCUACUAGAAGAUUCCUCACAAGGGCCAUGUUCAAAUUCACUAUCUUCACGGGCAUAUUCACCACAAAGUGCAUAACCAUAAGGUUCAUAUUCAUCACAACUUCCCAAUUCACGCAAGUUUCCACCAAGUGGUUAUAACGUAAGUGUGAGUGUGAGGAAGGAAUAUGCCUCAAGUCGCCUCCAUAUCCAUGGUGUGUAGCAUGAGGCUCUUCAUACCUCUCGUCUUCACCAUGGGACUCAUCAUCAAGCUCCUCUACUCCUUCAUCGUCUUCAUAAGACCCAUGAGAUCCACUUGUCUUAUAUUCAUCCCAGAGUAGUGAGGCUCACCAUCAUAUAGGUCAUGAUCAAAUUGACCAUUGUCGUCUCUAUAAUUCCCAUACUCAUCAUGGUCAUAUGUUGCACCAUCUUCCCCAUAUCCUUCUUCACAAUCAAAGCCAUAUCCUCCAUUACUAGAGGUAUAGCCUUUCAUGUCAUCGCCACAAGAUUCUGAAGCUAUGGAUGACAUCCUUAUAUAUCCUCCUCCUUAUGACCUCUCUCCUUGUACCUACAAAACAAGCAAACAAGAUUAGUAGUAAAGUUCCUCACGUCACUCGUAUUUGCACUCAAGUUUACCUCUCAACCUAAAGCUUCUUCCAAAGUUGGCAAUGAACUGCUAAUCCCAAAUCAAUUCACAAGGUUGCUAAUCUUUAUGGAAGAAUAGAUUCUUGUUUAGAUGAAAGAAGGACGACUCAAAGCGAACGGACAAGAGCCAAUAAAUUUUCAAUGAAAUAAAAGAGAAAAGCUUGGAAGAAAUUGGCAUGAAAUGAAAUUCGGACUCAAGAACUAGUUAAGAACCAAGUAAGGAUCAAUUACUAGCUGUCAAUUAGCUAGGAGAAUCAAAGAAAUGAGAAGAAGAAGUAAACAAACCUUGGCCAAACACUUAGACAAAUUUGGGAAGUUUUUGGCCAACACUUAGAAAAUUCGGGCUGCUUGCAGCGUGUUUUUAAAACUCAAAUAAUUUUUUCUACAGAGCUCCGAUUGAUGAAUGGUUUGUUAAUUUGAAAAAUAAACUCGCUGAACUUCAAUUUAGAUAGGUUAUGGAUCUCGUAACUCCUUAUACACACAAAGAUAUGCCUCUCAAUUUGGACCAAAAUCUGCCAACACUUAGAAAUUUUUUCUAUGUGUUGAAACAUUCAAGCCUUUGAAUUUGGGCCCCACGCGCCCAUCAGGCGUGACUGGGCAUGCGUCAGGCGCGUCGCUAACGUGGCUGCUGGUGUAGCGUGCUGUCGUGACAAAUCUGAAUUAUUAUUAUUUUUUUGAAAAUUUGGGCUGAUUUUUUUUCCUUGGACCCACAAAAACACUUUUUAAUCCUUUGACUUGAAGACUUUUGGAUCAAACACUCUCUUUAGUCUUCUUCUUCAAGAUAGACUUAGGAAGACCCUUAUGAACUUCAAGAACACCCAAAACUCAAUCUAUGCCCAAAUCAACUUAUUUUUCUCCCAAAUUUCCAAUUUAAGUCCUCCUUGACCAGGAGAACAAAAUUCAAUAAAAAUUGGCUCCAAAUCACUAAACCCACUUUGUUAGUUUCUAAACUUUGCAAAAACACCUAUGAAGAUAUAAAGAUGCUCAAGAACAUGAAGAACACCCAAUUUUCAAAUCAACUCCAAAUCACCUCUUUUUUUCCUCGAAAUUACAGAUCUAAACUCCUAAUGAGUAGGAGAACAAAGCCCAAUGGGAAAUAAGACCAAUUAAACCUUCAAUCAACAAAUCCACUUUGAAUUUUUCAAGCUUUGAAGGUCCUUCAAUAGUGAAAACUUCAAAACCCUUCCAAAUAAGUUCAAAUUUCGUAUUCAAGGGGUUUUCACAUCAACAAACUCAUAUCUCACAUCAAAAUCAACGAAUAACAACAAAUUUUUAGAUUUUCGUUUUUUUUUUUUUGGAUUUUUUUUUUUUUGAGAUUUUCAAAAUUCGAACCUAGGAUUGAGGAUUGUAGAAACAAUACUCUAGCCUAAUCUCUGAUACCAAAUGGUAACAAAUCGAUUUGGGGGAAAUACCAAAUCAAUCACAAAAACGCGGAAUUAAAGGAUAACAAGAAAUUGGGAUGAGAAUUGAAGAAAAGGGAAUGAGAAAUAGAGGAUAAAAGCUAGACCCUAAUGAUAAUGAAUCUAUGGACAAACCUAAGUAUAUGAAACCUAGACCCUUCCAAUUGGAUUCAAUCAAUAAAACCUUAGUUAUUUGAAAUCAAGGCAAGAGAUAUUUAAAUGAAAUCCACAAACGAACAACUCUUCAUGAAAUCAAUGAAAAUGAGGUUCAAAACCAACAAUGGAAUCCACCAUUAACUAUCCUAAAUCCUAGAGGUUAUUAAGCCAAACAAACUAUCACUCUUUUAGAGUAUUCAAUACAUAAUUCAUCCAAUCUAAGUAAAUGAAAUGUCUAAGUCUAGUAUUUAUACUCCUAGACUAAAGAAGACUAAGUUAUUACAAAAAUGCCUUUAAUAAGGCAAGGGCCUUGUUUGGUUGGUAGUAUUCCUUGGGAAAUUUCGGAAAUAGCCCUCAUAUGGAACCUUCAUCUUUCAAACACCAAUUAUCUUGCAAUUGUAGCCCAAAUUACAUCCCUAGCCUUGAAUUUGGAUUCUUGGCCAUGAUUUGCAUCGUAUAGCCACAAUUUACACUUUUAUCCCUUUGUGCUUUUAGCCACUUGGUGUAGAAGCCUCUACAAUCUCUUCUCAAGCUUUCAUCUAAAGGUCCCACGUCAUUCGAAGCAUCUUUUUGCCCUUUGUGCCAUCUAGGAUCAUAUCACGAUAGGAAGGUUUAUUGCAUUCUCACAAAUCACAAUAUUUAAACUCCACAUAGUUUCCCAUGUAUUAAUGUCUGACGCAUAAUUUUUUUGUUAUCACUAUCCCAUAUUCUACCACUUUAUUGAUUCAGUGAAAGCAACAUUAUAUUAUAACUCUAUAUUAAGAGGGAAUAAUGAAGUUUUGUAGUCCUCACAUAUUCUUUGAUUCUAUGAGGCUGCUACACGUGGCUAUCGCUUUUUCCCUACAGUCUUGAUCUCAUUCAUUUUCUUAUGACUUUUCUUAUUUGGGCCUUUGUUAUUUGACUAUAUUGAUACAAUAUAUAGUAAUUUUAUGCGGAUCUUUUUUUUUUUGUCCCUUAUUAGAUUACUCUUCUUUUUACUUUUUUCUUAUACUAUUUUUUAUUCUUUUUACUUGUCUGUUUUAGUAAAUCACGAAAGAUUUAUUAAUUUCUUCCUAUAUUACUCUUAUCAUUAAGUAACUACAUAAAAAUACCUAAGAGAGCAAAUUUAUGAAGUACUUUCGUAAGAGGUUCAAAUUGACCACUAUACUUUGCCCACUCCCUUGGCUCUGUUAGGGCAAGGGAAUAUUUGAAGAAAAGGCUAAUGGCGAGACCAAGUUUAUUCGAAAAGUAUAACGGAAGUUAAAUAUAAACAAUUUGUGAAAGUAGAGGAGUAAAUUUGACCAUUUUCCCUAAGUUAAAAAGGGGAUAUAUCAGACUUGGAGAUCCGUAAACGUGAUAGGGGCAAGAAAAUGUUAGAUUGAUAAUGGCCAGGGCAUUAUCAACUUCUAAUAGUUAAGGGACAUAUCUACAGGAGAAGCCAAAUAUCCACAAGCUAGCAUAUUUAUGGUCCCAUGAUGAAUCAGAAGACCGUGAGACCAAUGAUGAGUAUGUGAUGGAUGGUCUUCAACCCCAUCCUAAGUUGGAAACCUUAGCAGUGGUGGACUAUUUAGGGACUAAAUUUCCUUCAUGGUCCAGAGAAGAGUUGCUACCAAAUUUGGUCAAGUUGAAAUUAAGUGGUUGCAAAAAGUGCAAGGAAGUUCUUUCACUUGGUCAACUGAAAUUCCUACGACAUCUUGAGCUGAUAGGAUUCCAUGAGGUGGAAUGUGUUGGACCUAAUAUUUAUGGUGUUGAGGUUAACAAUAUUGGAUCAAGCAGCAAUAAUGCCAACAUCCAAGUGUUCCCGUUACUCAAAGAACUAGUAUUGAAGAAUAUGUGUUGUUAUACCCCAUUUAAACGGGUUAAAUUAGAGUACAACAUAUUGGUGAUCCCUAUUUGUUUUAUUUUAAGGAGUCGCCGCCUAAUUAAUUUAAUGGUGAAUUAGGACACCUAAUUUAUUAACUAAAGUAAAGCCUAACUAAACCUCCGUUAAUGAUCUGCUUAAUUAGCGUGAUUCUAGGUAAGGGUUCUAGAUUAUCCUAAAGGGAAGGGGUUAGGCAUCCUUUAGAAUCCGUUAACUACGGUUACCGUCCAAACUUAGGUUAAUUAAUAGGGCUAAAGACGCAAAUAUAACAAUUAAAUUUUAAAAAAAUGGCUUGUAAAUGUUACUAAGGUUUUAAAGGAAAAUAUAAUAAUGCUAUUUAAAAUAAUAUAUAUAAAUGUUGCCAAAGCUUUAAAUAAAAAUGCUAUUUAAAAUAAAACUUGUAGAAAAUAUAAUAAUUUGCAUAAAAGAAGACUUCAAAUGCUAUUAAAAAUAGGACUUAUAAAUAUUGUUAAGGCUUUAAAUGAAAAUAUAGUAAUGCUAUUUAAAAUAAGACUUACAGAAAAUAUAAUAACUUUGCAUAUGAGUGAAACAGAAUGCAGGUUGGUGCAAUGUUUUAUAAAUGUUUGAAAUAAUUUCAAAGGUGAGGUAUUAAUUGAUUUUUUGCAGUUCAGGGAUAUAGACAGGGUGUGGAUUUUCUUUCUCCUUUCCGUUAUCUUUUAUUAACUAUGCUUAAUAAAAAAAAAGCAUGAUUAAAUCAAUUUUGCAAUACUUAAAUAUACAUUUUGCACAUCCACGGUAUUUCAAAUCUUUAAGAUGAUAAAGAAACGAAAAAGUAAUUCUCUAAUUCAAAGCACGUGUUCUCGUUAUUGAAAAUCAAUGAUUCUAGUAAAGAUAAAUAUUAUAAAUAACGUAAAUAAUUUUGGGAUAAAUAUUAUAGAUAACGUAAAUUUUUUUAAGAUAAAUGUUAUAGAUAAUGUAAAUGAUUUUAACAUAAAAAUGAAGCUCAUGGAGUUAACUAUUAGUUUCCCCUUUAAAUUAACUACCCGUUAUUUCUAAAACUACCCAUACUAAUUCUCCUAUAAUUCAUCUAAGCUAAGUCAAAACACAAAUAAGAUGAAGUGUUAGUCAAACAAUCAAAUACACAAAGAUAAUAAAAUGGCAGAAAUAUAAAGAAGUUCAAAUGGGCUUGGCCCAUUUGAGACGCUGCUGUCGUUGCUGCUGUUAUGGGCCUCAGCCCAGAAUUCUUUAUUUAUUUUGCUGCGGGUGGGCUGACUCGAGAAGAUUGCGUUGGGCUUUUAGCCCAACACCGAAUGCGGAAGAAGACGAGUCUCUCGGACUCGUAUGCGAUGGUCAUGCAUAAAAUGAAAAGAAAAAGAUUAGUAUAUAAUCAAUGAAUAAGAUUAAACACGUAAAAUAUAAACUCGAAACAGAUCAGUAGAUUGUGUAUAUUCUGUGUAUAGCUUAAGUAUACCUCAUUAUAUACAGAAUACAUAAAAUGAAAAGAAAAAAAUUAGUAUAUAUUGAUAGCAUUUCAACCAAUCUACCAUACAGCAAUCAACAAUUACAAAAUAUGUUAAGGUAGAGAAUCUGCCCACUCGAUGCAAAAAGGAAAAAUACGUAUACCAAAUCCUAUUGUCUGGGAGCUGGACUUGGCACCUUUACUAAACUUAAAAGAUCUCUAUCCUUUGAAAGUGUUUACAGCAAUCAAAAGGGAAGCAAGCUUAGCUCUUAUUCAAAUUACCUAACUACAACAUUCUUUCACAUAUUUCAAAAAGAAAAGCGUCCAGCUCUUUAGGUACUCCUUAAUUAAUAGCUGAGGAAAACAUUGACAACAGUAGUUAUACAAGCCUUGUGAGCAGUUUAAAAGAAACUUAUAGUUAACAAAAAAUGGAUUUGAACCAUAUUUAGUUUAAAAAACUUGAGAUACAGACCAAUUUUUAAACAAUUAAGUUAAGCAAAUGAAUAAUGAAACCUUAACGAAAAGCUCUCUCAUGAGCACAAAAUGAAAACUAGUUUAUGAUCAAAACAUCAGGCUGAACAGUAUCUUAACAAAUGAGGGUUAUCAAUCAGUCCAUACCAUACUUCAAACUGUUAGUAAUUCCUAAAAGGUUAUCUUUCUUAAUUAAGACAUAACUAAACUUAAGUUAGCAUAGCAACCCCAUGGUUGAAAAUAGAUUUAUUAUCCACCUGAUGUCUUGGCUCAACUCAAUCAGAUUCUAGAUUUUAAGCCAACAUGAGCAGAUUCAACAACGCAAAAAAAAGGAAAGGAAAUUCACAGGCAUCUCGUAUAUUUCGAACCAAAAAAAAAAAAAAGACAUACCAAAGCAAACACAAUGAACAGUUACAAGUAUGGCCAGAAGGAAUACCCAGAUAUUUGACAUGUUUCAAAUAGAUAAUCAGCAAACCAACAUAUUCCAUUAACACAUGCAGACUUCACUUUGAAUCAGAAAUAAUCAUGCAAGGUAGCCUAAUAUAUAGAGAACUGAAACCAGCACACUAAACUAAAUAACAUGCUUCAUAGUAUUAAUCAUGUUCAAUAACUAACCAAACCAGCAGACAUAAUUCUGUUUAUAGACACAACUAAACUAAGUGAAAUGUAACUAGCCUACUUGAACAAACUGAACUUAAUUUAACACCUAUAGACAUGCUGAACUACUUAAUUCAAGCAACAACAUACAAGCCGUAAACUAAACUAACAGAACAACUAAAGAACGACAAAAAAAUGCAGAAAAUUUAGAAGGAGAAUUACAGCAGUAGAUUUUAGAACACAUAAGGCUAUAAUUUGACUAACCAAUCCAAAUACCAUAUAACCACAUAAGAGCAUACUUUAAUUUAAAAGACUACUCUAGGUUAAUACAUGAGACAUACUAAAACAGGUUAAGCUUGAAUUAAUGUAAAGACUAACCAACUAAACUAAAAUAUCAUACAAGAAGCAUGGCUUAACUGUAUAAAUUAAGUCAACUAACACAGAGACUAAACAUGAAUUGAACUUAGCAUAUAAACACAUGAACACAUCUUAAACUACUAAAACUAAAAUCAACUAAAUAAAGAAGAGUUGUUCACAUACUUAAACAAACUAAACUACAUUAUCCUACUUAAAUAUGCUAAACCACACAAACAGACUAACACGGAACCAGACUUAUCUAUCAAACUAAAAUAACUUAACUAAAACUUACAUGCUUGAAUCACGGAACAAUAAACUAAAUAACACAGAGCAACAAAAAAUGCAACAUAAAUAAAAAGGAGGGAAUGGAGGAUUACCUUCUUCGGGUGUAGCGAAGUGGGGCUUCGAGUCUCCGAUCUACCCUCGAACGCUCAACCACAUAUGAAAGAAAGAAGACCAAGAUUAAGAUUUAGACUCGAUUUUAGAGCUAUUACAAUUACUAAGAAGAAACUAAUGUUUUUUAGAGAAUUUUUGGGUGGCUGUAAAAGAACUCUCUUUAGUGGAUUUCGGCCACUGAAAGAACUUUAAUCUUAGGGAAUUUCUGCAGUUAAAAAGACUUGUAUUUUUAGGGAUUCGAUGGCGGCUAAAGCUUAUAUUUUCAGAAUAUUCAAGUAGGCUAAAAAGAACUCUCUUUUUUUUCUUAGGGGAAUUUUGUGCGGCUGAACCUCUGUCCUUAAACGACUCAACCAGCAACUAUUUAUAGGGUUUUGCUAGGGUUUGAAAAUUUAGGUGGGGUUUUUUCUUUGGUUCAACGUUCAGAUUUGCUAUGACAACCAACAGAGACCACGAAGAAAAGAACAAAAACCAUUAAAACUUGUACUCGAAAUAUGAAAAAGGAACUGAUAAGAAAGAGGUUUCAAUUUCACAAAUGAACAAAAAUCAAUUAAAACUGUUUCAGAUUGUCAACAGACAACCAAGAAGAAGACGAGAAUCGACCUCUUUCAACGGUUGAACACUGACCGGGGGGGGGGGGG